AAAGAUUAGGAAAAUGAGAGCAGAUACAGAGAGAGAAUGUGAGUGAGCCUGUGAGUGUUUCCUGAAAGGAGCAUAAAAAGAGAGAGAGAGGAGACCCUGGGGUGGGCUGCUGCAAGCGGCGGGCAACACCGAGCCAUGGAGGGCGAUGUGCGUGUUCGUGCAGUGGUGAUGACACGUGAUGACUCCAGUGGCGGUUGGGUGCCCCUUGGAGGUGGCGGCCUCAGUCAUGUGGUCAUAUGUAAAGGGCGGAGUCAUGACGGCAGGGGGCGGAGAGAAUACAUCAUACAUGGAGAGCGGCUGCGCGAUCGAGCACCGGUGUUGGAGUGUGCAGUGCAAAGGGGCUUAGUGUACAACAAGGUGAACCCCAUCUUUCAUCACUGGCGAGUAGAAGAUCGAAAGUUUGGCCUAACGUUCCAGAGUCCUGCAGAUGCCAUCUCCUUUGAGAAAGGGCUGCAGGCUGUCAUAGACAAGCUCGACAGAGGCUCUGACUCGCCCUCGUCCUCCACACCAGAAGAGGCUGACACCGAAGAUGAUGGACAAGCUUCCCAUACAGGAAGUGAGUCGUCAUCCAACAGCAGAAAGGAGAUGCUUCCAAAACCCAUCACCAUAGUGACGAGCGAGUCGUCGUCUACCUGCUUUGUGCGGUCGGAAGAGUUUAGUUUUGGAUCCAGCCAUGCUGUCACCACUCAGACACCUGCUCAGAUCCACACCAGACCAGGACAGCACCAGCUCUCACAAAUGACGGCUGUGUUAAAUCCACCAGCGCCCCCGCCCCCACCUCCUGCUCCACCUACUCCUCCUGUGGGCCCCCCGGCCUCAUCUCCUCUGUCUCCCCUCUCACCCACGAUUUCUCUGCUGGAGGAGGGAGACCUGCGCAGUGUGGACCCUUGCAAAGACCUGUGGGGUUCCAGAGGUUAUGAGGACUACCGACGGGCAGGGGCUACCAGGACUAUGGUCGGGGGGCUGACCGGAGGUGUGGUUGUCGGUGGUGGAGGGAGUCUGCAGGACAAGUCAGAGCUUUGCGUGGUUCGCUUUGAGAAGGAGUUGGCAGGAGUGGGGACGGCAGGCUGCGAUGUGACAGUGAGCCUGGACAGUAAAGCUUCCCAGCGGCUGUCCUCGUCGUCGCCUACCUGUAUGUCCAUGCCCAACGCUGUGUCAGGCGUGUCCUCAGGUGCCGGCUCACCCCAGGAGACGGGCAAAGGCUCACCUUCUCCCUGCUGCAUCCACACCUCAUUGGCCACGCCCCGGUCGCGGACUCGUAAGAGAGGAGGAGGGGCCACCGGCGGCGACCCGGGGGUAAUUUCCCCCGACGACGACAGCCCGUGUCCUCAGGCUUCAUCGUCAUGCUCAUCACGCUGUGUGUACUGCCGCUCUGUUUUCAGUGCUUCGGAGAACGGGCGGGGCCGCUGCAGAGAUGCCCCAGAUCCGGCCCUGCACUGCCUGCGCCAGUGGACCUGUGUGUGGUGUGCAGAGAGUCUGCUCUACCACUGCAUGUCGGACUCUGAGGGUGAGUUCUGGGAGCCUUGCUCAUGUGAUGACUCAAUGGGGGGCCACCCGCACCCCCUUUGCUGUGCCCGCUGGUUGGCCCUCCUGGCCCUGUCACUCUUCGUGCCCUGCAUGUGCUGCUACCUGCCUUUGCGCGCCUGCCUGCGGUGUGGGGAGAGGUGUGGCUGCUGUGGGGGAAAGCACAAGGCGGUCCGAUGAGGCCAGGCUAGGGGGUGGGAGGAGUUACCUGGACCCAGGAGGUUUGGGUGUUGAGAGGAGAGAGCGCAUGUAGGGUUGCAGGAGGUUACCAGGUUGAACAGUGCUCUUAGUGGGCCCAGACCUCCAACGCGGCCCUCCAAAACCCCACGGCCUUCCACUGCAUUUCGCUCUUUCUCUUUUCAACCCAGGGCCUUCCUCACUGGUCCUUGCCUGCUGAGGGUUCACUGCACUCAGACCAGGCUCUGUGGGAGUCAUCUGGAGCCUUCAUAGUGGAUUUAUUGAGAGUUGGCUGAUCUAGAAUUAGCGGUCAGAGACUUUAUUAAAAGAAGAGAGUGGCACAGGCAACAAUGAUGUGUACACUGUUUCAAAUGUCUGUUUUUUUUAAGAAAGAAAAACACAAAAAACUAAAGAUGUUUAUAUAUAUGAUUGUUAUAAUUUUGAUUGGUAUAUUUUACUAAAUGUAAAACAUAUUGACAGAAUCCCCCAAUGGCACACACUAUCACGUAUUCACAAACAUGAGAUUUUGAGGAAGUUAUUUGUUUCAUGUUGCCCUGUUUGUCAAUUAGAUGAACAGUCACCCUUUACCUCUAAUUUUACCUCAGAUGUUACUCAACCCCUGGUUAAGAAAUGAAAGAGAGGAAAGGGGAGAGAGGCUGGGAGAGGAUGAGCACAAAUUAGUGCAGGCUUCAAAUAAGUUAUGAGCAUCUGAGACCACUAGUGUUGUCUUUUGGUUAAUGUAGUAGACCACUUUGGAGGAAAGGUUAUCAAGUGCAAAGGGACAAUUAAUGUUAGGGGAAGUUGCAAUGACAACCACAAAGACUUAAAAGUCAUAAUGUGAUUCAUUAUGGUCCUUAACCAAACACAAGGUUAUUUUUGUUUCCUAAAAAAAAAGAAAAAAGAAAAAAAAAAAUCAAGAAUGUGUGUUGACCAUGAAACACUGUCACCCAACACAUAUUUUUUCAUCUUUUCAUGUAUUUUCAGUAUUAACCUUAGAUGACAUGACAUCCCACCACUUUACUUGUUGUAUCAGUCAAGGUGCUUACAACUGAGGCCUCUGAGCGAGUCUAUUCUACCUAAUGUACACAAUGACCGUACAGUCCAAACCCCAAAGAAAAACUAAACAGGACCCCAUGCUAACCAAUUUGUAGAUGUGUCUAGGCCUUUGAAUGAGACGCCACCAAAA